UACGUGUUCAAAGGCACCGAAUACAUUCUGAUUGAGCUCGCUUUGGCGUCGCCAUGGGAUGACUCUCUCGUCUACGGGCCCAAAACCAUCGUCGACGACUGGAUCUCGUUGCGCCAUGUCGGAUUUACGACCAUCGACUCCAUCCUUCCCCACCCGACUAAUCCCAAUCAGACGUACGUCUUCUCCGGGCAACGCUACUACACGAGUUUCGCGUUUGCCCCUAAUACGAACGAUCAAGGCAUAGCCUACUCGGAAGCGCACACUGGGCGCGGCAUUGACAAAGACUGGGCGGCCCUUAAGGAUGCUGGUUUCGCCUCGGUUGACAUGGUGAUCCCUGUACCAGGAUACGGCACAAAGGAGUUUUAUAUCUUCAGUGGCUCGGAGUAUGCAGCAAUCUCAUACGACCCAAGUAGAUUGGAAACCACGCUGACACUCUCAUCCAUCUUCGAUGAAUGGUUGUCGUUGCGCCAUGUUGGAUUUAGGACCAUCGACUCCAUCCUUCCCCACCCGACUAAGCCCAAUCAGAUGUACGUCUUCUCCAAUGAACGCUACGUCCUCAUAGAGUUCCCUUCCUAUCCCGGUGCUCAAGACGACGUCCUCGUCUAUGGCCCAGAGGAUAUCGCGUCGGACUGGCCUAUCCUCCAAGAAUCGCCUGCCGGCACUUACGACGUGAUGCUCCUAUCUCCCGCUCCGCCCACCAACGGCUCCUAA